CAUACACACACGCACGCUGUCUCUUUCUAUCGAAGUAUCAGUCUAUCCCUCUCUCCCCGACCGCGAAAAUGGCGUCAUGGUUGGUGGGGAGUACCCUGAAAACCCUAAGUUCCUCCACUCUCAGAACCCUCACCUCCGCCGGGCGCCGCCUCAGCGUCGCGGCAGCAGCCGGAGACUCCGAAAACGAACAGUCAUCAUUCACCUUCUCCUCCGAAGAUCCGAAACCCGCCGGCGGAGACGACACAAUAUACGUGCAGGGGCGGAAAAAGGCGUCCGAUUCCGUGAGCAUGCCGCUGUCGUUCAUGACCGGCUCGAUCGUCGGAAAGCGGUUCUACAAGGAGGUGACGACGAGAGAAGCCGACGACGGGAUUGGGUGGAGCGUCAUGCUCGAUUACCGGACGCUCAAAUCUCCGUCCAAGCGGAACCUCAAGUGCCCUACCCUAGCUCUGGCCAAGGCCAUCGCAGCUGAGUGGGAGUACCAGCAAACAGAUGGAAUUAGACCAUUUACAAUGCCUCUGAUGAAGCUUACAUGUACUGCAUUGGAAAGAGUACCGGUCACUAGGCCAAAGAUAAUUGAAAAUCUGAUGCAAAAGUUCCAUCAAGAUCUGGUAUUUUGUCGUGCUCCCAGAGACAAUGAUGUAACAAGGGAUCUCCGAGAACUGCAAGUGGAGAAAUUCGGGCCCCUAAUUAAAUGGGUGGAAUUGGAAUUUGGCUUUAAGCCCGCUGUGUACACAAGUUUCUUUGGUGGAAAGCAGGAAGAGGGUCUGGUUAAGGCCUUUGAGAACAUUCUUAAGAAGACAGAUGAUUGUGAACUAGCUGCAAUCGAUGCAAUUGCUGCAGCUGCACACUCUAUGGUUAUUGCAGUUGGCAUGUUUCGUGGUAAGUUGAGCAUUGAGCAAGCCAUUGAGUUGAUUAGGCUGGAAGAAGAUUUACAGGUUGAUCGGUGGGGUUUGGUUGAAGGUGGCCAUGAUCUUGAUAUCGCUGAUCUUAGAGUUCAAAUCUCAUCUGCAGCUGUGUUUUUAGGACUUUCAAGAAAGCAUUAAUUUCUGCCACAAUUUUAGUCAGAUCAAGGAUCGCCUUGGCAGCACUGGACGCAGAUCGGUGGCUGUGUCGUGAUAUCACAGUAACAGCAGGCUACAUCACAGUCACUGCUACAACCUGCAAGGUAAAGCCAUCACAAACUUCAGAUUAGUUUAGCAAAUAGAAGAGUAAGAUGUUUGCUAGUCGAGCUAUGCGGAGCGCACCAGUUAUCGUAACGUAUUCAGACAGUUGUAGGGUUUGAGGAUUCACGAGGAGGGGGAGACGGGCGUUCCCGGACACGAGCUGAUGAAAUACCACUAGAAUCAUGAGACAAACAGCAGUUAAAUCUGUCUGCUUUGUGAACAUGAACAUGAUGAUGGGGUUGUGUGAUUAGAUCUUAGGUUGUUGAAGAUGUGAUGAGUCUAUAUAUAUAAUGGGACCAUAUUUUCAACA